CAGGUGACUAUCCCGCCCGGCAAACGAGCCGCAGGCGAGGCCGCCGAGGACGCUCUCGCUCUUGCUCUCUGCGUUUUUUUGCACGGCCAGCGUCAAGAUCCAGUCCAGAUCAAGCUUUGGUCCCGCAAGCUGCACCCGAGGCAUCUCGCAAGUCCCCACAUCCCACCCUACUCGGAGCACCGGACACACUCGGAUCCGUCGCAGACAUGUCUUCAGCCCAUCUCCGGAGCCAAACGCUGUCGCUGUACAGAUCGCUCCUGCGGUCGAUCAAGCAGUGGCCUCCACAGAGCCGAGCGCACCGAUUAGAAGUGCAAGCCCCGCAAUGGCUACGGGAGGAGUUUACGGCCAACAGCGAGCUCUCCGAGGGCGAGUGGCAGGCCAAGCUGGCAGAAGGACAGAAGGAGCUCGAGUCGCUCCAAGCACUGGUCGGGGACAAGGUUGAGGCUCAGUACCCGUUUUCGGAUUCGAGCCGGAUCAUCGCCUUCAUGCCUUCGAAGAAGAUGUUCAGUCUGCUGGAUACAGAGGCCCAGGAGCAGCUCAAGCCCGAGAAUGUGUCGACAUUCAAGUUCCUGGGUGCAUACAUUGCCACAAAGUACAAGAUUGGAAUGUCGCCGCCGAACCAGCAAUAAACGGCUCGGUCGCAGCGGGCCAUUGACGAGACACCUUGACUGGUCCCGGUGCUGCAUGAUGUCGGCAGGAUGGACUUGUGGUGCCGGGGGAGCUGUGGCAACGAGCAAAUAUGCGCUGAU